UCUAGAGCUGGAAUAUUUUACACUUAUUUGUUGUUUUUUUUUGCUCGUCGGUUCUUCUCACUUUUGCGGCUUUUCUUGCGCUUGUCCCGCUCCGUGUUUGAUGAGAACGCAGUGACGGUGUGAACAUGAACCCACGGCGGCUCUGCUGAUCCGCUCCGCCGCUCGGUGCCUGUGGGAGGUAGAUGUGAGGCCCGGGGGGGGGGGGAGCGGAGCCCCUCGGACUGAAGUUACAGCUUCAGCCGGGAGACGAAGCGCCCGAGUCGGCUCGGUGUUGACCGCGGAGGCCGGGACUGAGACGGGGCUGGUGGGGCUGUUUUUAAUGGGUUUGUGGUGGAGCUCGAGAAUGCAACAGGACAGAAGAAGAGGAAGAGCGCUGACGCACCAUGAUCAGGACUGGAGAAGAGAAUAAAUAAACUGAGAGUCGGUGAUUAUAAAUAUAGAAUUUUAGAACAAAUGCGUUCAUCUGUCUGAUUGAUCUGGCUGGCAUCGUUGAUAAUCGGUUCGAUGAUACAUUGCGGUAUUGGACACGCAUGGUAUUGUUAUCGUGGACACUUGUGCAUAUUGGCAUUCCAUUCUGGUGGAGCCUGGCCAGCUUGGACUCGCUCCUGUUUAAUGUUUGUGCUCCUGGCAUAAACAGAGUCCUGCUCGGUGCCACCUUCCUAGUUCUGGUUUAAAGUUGAUCGAGGUACCUCUUCUUGUUGUUGUAAUUCUCCUUAUUACUAUAAUCGUUAUCGUUUCUUCAAACAUGUCGAAAAUGCCAGCGAAGAAGAAGAGCUGCUUUCAGAUCACCAGCGUGAUCCAGGCUCAGGUGGGCUCGGGCGCCGGCGUGGACGACGCGGAGAGCCUGGACGACCCGGACGAGUCCCGCACCGAAGACGCGUCGUCCGAGAUCUUCGACGUGUCCCGGGCCGACUUCGAGCCGGACGCGUGCGACCAGAGCUGGUGCGAGGAGGCCGCGAACAGCGCCGGACAGGGACAACAGCCGCCGGGGGCUCCGGCCGGUCCAGGUCCGCAACCGGUCGGCUGCAGUUCGCGCUUCCGGGUCAUCAAGCUGGACCACGGGACGGGAGAACCCUUCCGCCGGGGGCGCUGGAUGUGCGCGGAGUUCUACGACAAAGAGCCCGAGGCUUCGACGAUCGCCGGGAGGACUUCAGACGGCGUCAGGCAUGCCGGCGAGCACCUGGCGGACCGGGAUAGCGGAUUAGGCGUCUCCGUGGUGCCGCAGGCUGGCAGCGACGCCACCGUCGCCGUGCUGGACCCAGCCUCCCAACACCAUCCGUUCGAUCCCGCUAACGAAGUAAACAAGGCGGUACCCGCACAGCCCUUGGCGCCACCUCACACUCUUCUCACGACAGGCCACGGUGGCAUGAACCAGGCCUCUCUGCUGCAGAAGUCGCCCGUUACUCCUCAGCUGUACCCGAACCGAGCGCCGCCGAACGCUCAGCUACCGAUGAGCCACCACAUGCCAAACCGAACCGCCAUGCUGCCCGCGCCCAACCUGGACUUCCACGCACAGCACCUGUCCCUGCCCCUCAAGGUGCCGGGAGAACUGAACGUGUCGAUGUCGGCCGGCCAGUCGGCGCAUCCUCCGAACCUGAUGGAGUGGGCGGGCGUGAUGGCGAGUCUCGCCCCGGCGUCCGUGCUUCAGUAUUCGGGUCUGGCCGUGGCUGCCCAGAACCUGCCGGCCUCGGGCGUGGGGGGCGUCCCGGCGCCGGACGUCGGCCGGAGGAAAUCGGACGCGGCGGCGGCGGCGGCGCCCGAGGAGGCGGGCCUGGUUUCCAACCCCGUGGUGAACAGCCUGUUCGGGAUCGCCAUCCCCAUCGACGGGGACGAGGACAGGAACCCCUCUACGGUUUUCUACAAGGCCUUCCAGCCUGGCGCUAGGCAGCAGAGCGCCUCGGGAGCGAGCAUGGUCGCCAUCGAUAACAAGAUAGAGCAAGCCAUGGAUCUGGUGAAGAGCCACCUGAUGUACGCGGUCCGGGAGGAGGUGGAGGUCCUGAAGGAGCAGAUCAAGGAGCUGUACGAGAGGAACUCGGUGCUGGAGCGGGAGAACGCCGUGCUCAAAUCCCUGGCCAACAGCGAGCAGCUCUCGCAGCUGUCGUCUCACGCGGCGCCGGGGGCCGCGCCGGGGGCCACGCCCGCCCCCAACCCGCCGCAGCCCAGCGUGUCCUCGGCUUGACCGAGCCACGAGGACCAGCUCACCAGCGUCGAGAAUCAACGAGCAGCGCUUCAGUAUCCGUGUGUGUGUGUGUGUGAACGGACGGACGGACGGACGGACGGACGUGUGAGAACCCAGUCGAUACAGAAGUGUUUUUUUUUAAGCCAUGAGAAGGGUUUAUUUUUUAAAAAAAAGAAGCCGUUUUCGAGCAAGAGUCUAUUUUUUGGAGCCGAUCGUACUUCACGGAAUAUUAAAAAAUAUAAAUAAAUAUAAAUAUAUAUGAAUAUUUUUGGUUUCGUUUUGCGCUUGUGUCUGUUCACCAGUCAGUUAUUUAUUCCAGGGCUGCUACGUUCACACGUCCCAAACCGUCAGAACAGUUUCUCCACUCGAUCUCCAUCUCGAUCCAGCCCAGGACCCAGACUCUGACUUCUCUCCGUAACUGAAGGGCAGCCCGCGCUAAAAGCCCGCGCCCGACGGGCGGGGGGGGCGGGAGCGGGCGCGGGUCCGAACACUAACGCCGGUAGUUUUACCUCUGUACUGAAUGUGAAGGGGGAGCGAGCGAGCGAGCGAGCGAAUGAGCGAGUGAAUGUACGUGUAUCUCUGUCUGAGGCUUCGUCUUGCCGCGCUCGUGCUCUUCCUCCCUCGUGCUUACGUUGUUGUUUUUGUUUCGCUUCCUCCGGGCUUCGAACGAGGCGUCGCGCCGAUGCUUUCGGCUGCGUUUUUAUUCCAGAAUUUCAAAGAGAUAUCAACAAAAAACAAAGAAAAAAUAAAGAAGUGAAGGGCGACGUCCUUCUCCUUAACUGUGUUUCAUUCUGAUUUAAGUCUGACGCCUCGGCUGUGUUUCAUUUCUAAGUUCCUAGCAAGAAGGACGAGACUGACGAGAGACGGUCGUGUCUCGUCCUCAUUCUCUCGGGUUCUUUCUAAAAAUUCCCGAACGUCCCCUAAUGAGAAGAUUAAAUCUGUCAGAUCGGCUGUGACGCAUUUACAAGAUCCCUAACUUGGAAGACCCCCUCUCGGGUCUGUUAUAUCGGCUGUGUUUCAUUUCUGAGUUCCUAGCAAGAAGGACGAGACUGACGAGACGGUCGUUUCUCGUUCCCUUUCGGUCUCUCUAAAAAGUCCUGAACGUCACCUAACCAGUAGAUUAAAUCUGUCAGAUCUGCCGUGCCAUAUCUACAAGAUCCCCAAUGUGGAAGACCCCACCUCGGGUCUGUUAUAUCGGCUGUGUUUCAUUUUUGAGUUCCUAGCAAGUAGGACAAGACGGCUGAAUGACGUUCUUGUUCCCUUUCGGUCUCUCUAAAAAGUCCUGAACGUCCCCUAACCAGAAUUAAAUCUGUCAGAUCGGCCGUGAUGCAUUUACAAGAUCCCCGACCUUAAACACCACCUCUUGGGUCUGUUAUACCGGCUGCGUUUCAUUUAGAAAGUUCAUAAAUAAAGCAGACGUCGAGUAAGUUCAGGUCUUUGGAAUUAGACUCCGUCUAAGUCUGACAGACAGGCUGUUCCAAUUUGAACAGUAUUAUCUAAUUAUCUAUUAUCUAAUCUAAACACGUCCACUAAUUAUUAAGUUCGAGGUUCUGUGCCUUCGACUCUGUGGCAACAGUUUUGGGAAGGCCUUUGCCGUCCAUAAACACAUAAUGGAGGGACUUAGAUGGCCUGUGGGAUGAAUUGGAACGCCGAUCGCGAGCCAGGCCUUCCCCUCUAUCCCACAGACGCACUUCUAGAUCUUGUGGACAGCCUUCAGACAUCCAGUCAAUAAUAAUUCUCACAAAAGCCGAUGACCAGGCGUCCACAUACUUUUUGCCGGGAACAAAACUGUUAGCGUGUGUGUAGUGUAUCCAAGCAGCCGAGGGUCAGGGGCCUCGCUUGGGGGGGCCCAGCUGUGGAAGUGCAUCAGCUGGGCUUUGUUUUAGGCCUCCGAAAUAUGUAAAUGAAACACAGCCUUCACUUCAGACUUCACUCACUGUCUUAACCGCUUAUGCAAUCAGGGUUCGUGGGGGGUGCUGGAGCCUAACCUGUGGGAGGAAACCGGAGCACCCGGAGGAAACCCACGCAGACACGGGGAGAACGUGCAAUCUCCACACAGGAAGGACCCGGACCAGCUCGCCUGGGGAUCGAACCCAGGACCUUCUCGCUGUGAGGCGACAGUGCUACCCACUUAGCCACCAGAUUUGAAAUGAAACGCAGCCGCUCUGUGCUGUAGGUUCAAGCCCUGGACUUUAGGGUGGGUGGAAUGAGACGGAGCCGAGGUGUCGGACCGGUGUUUAUUUUAUUCCUUCAGGUUGGGACGGGGGUUUACAAAAAAAAAAGCUGUGAAACGACUUUGUAACCAAAGAUGCGAAGAGCAGUGUGUAGUAACGUUGUUUUAUUUUAUUCGAUGCACAUUUUUGUUGUUAUCCUUCACCUUUCAUCCUUCGUGUCGCUCUUCUUUUGUUUGGCAUGUUCUCCUGCAUGAUCUGUAACGUUCUGUUGUUUUUUUUUUGUUGUUUUUUUCCUUCUGGAACCACUUUCAUACCUCAUGUUUGUAUUCGGCACUCUGGAUGUGUGAAAGCAGGCUGUGAACGACGUCGCGAGCGGACAGAGACGGAAUAUCCGAAAGAGACUAGUGUGGCCCCCUGCGCACUGGCAAAUCAAAAUGAAGUGAGCCAUGUUUUGUUCCUUUAAAUGGUGUUGGAAUUUCAUAUGCCAAUAGUUUUGUUACAUUACAAAAUAAAUAAAAAAUUAAUGUAUUUAAAUAAAUGCAAUAUUCAAAUUCCUGAA